AUGUGCGCCGAUUUUUACAUGUCUGCAUGCCAUAGUCAACGCACUACUCCUAGAGCCCCAGCAAGGCCCAAGAAAAGAGCUGUUGCCUACCUGGAGCAACUCUUGAAGGAUAGCGAAGAGUUGCAUGACCGAAAGCGUCGUUUAAAAGAAACACGCCCGAAUAGAUCUGAGCAAAUCUCAGACUUUCAGCAAAGUCCCGAUACAAUCGAGGAGAAUGCUGGCUCGAUGGCACAAACUGACCUCAUCGGGGACAAGCCAUGGUUCCAAUCACACGAUGCCUCAUUGCUUCCUCUGUACAUCAGUGAAGCAACUUGCACCGCCUUUGCCACUCGUCUAUGCCAAUCCUUAAAGAGAACGAAUACACCAACAUUGCAUCUUCCAAGAUCGCGUUAUACUGACGAGUCUACAAUUACAUCUCUCCUUCAUGCGGACAUACAAUGGCCCAGCCUUGUGUGUGCUCAGCUCUUGGUCAAAACCGCACUUGGUCACAUCAUGUCCACUUUCCAUUUUGUUCUGAAAAAGGACACCAUGGAUAUGCUCUAUAGCGUUUAUCAGAGCCAAGACUUUGAGAAUCCAAGUAUCAAGUGCAAGUUUUUUGCUCUCUUUGCACUUGGGAAAGUUCAUUCGACUCCUUAUGGGUCCUCUGAUGCGCCAUAUGUACCGGGAUCGGAUUAUUUUGCGAAGGCAUUGAGUCUCAUCCAGGUCAUUCCCGAAAGACCAAACAUGGUUCAUAUAGAGAGCCUGCUCUUGCUUGCAUUCUUCUGCCAAUUCUUGAAUCGUUUUCAUUCAGCCUAUCUCUUCAUUGGAAAUGCAUUGCGACUAGCGCUCAGCAUGGGCUUGAACUAUAACGUCCCACAAAGUCAAAAUCUACAUCCAGUGGCACGAGAGCACCGAAUUCGAAUUUGGUGGUCUAUUUAUACAUUUGAUCGCUUCUGGGGCUCGAAAUCUGGGUUCCCUGUUCAAAUUCACGAUGAGUGGAUUCAUGUUGAUCUUCCCUCCAGUUUGGCCUCUGAAGCAUAUCCAGACCAAUUCGCUGACAGUGCAUUCGCAACGUCGACCAUUGAACUUGCCAAGAUCACCGGCAACACGACAGGAGAUAUCUACUGCCAAAAGCAAUCUGUUGAGAGCUUCUUACAUUGUGAACAGAAACUUCUGACUCAGUUGAAACGAUUUGUCCAAUCCCUACCUGAGCAGAUGAGACUCCAUUCAGAUAAGCCAAACUCCAAAGUUGCGAUUCAUCUGCAUCUUCAAUUCAAUUUUUGCGUGAUCUUGGCCAUUAGACCAGUCCUCUUGCACGUCUUGACUUUGACCAAGAAAGGCCACUCCAACCAGUCCACCGAUACAAUUUCACCAGUCCUAGUCACAUUGACCGCACUCGUCUUGGUUGUCUCGAGUCUUUUGCCUCUUGGGAGUCCAGGCGAUUUGACAUCUACCGAAACUGCCUUGGAGAUACUCAAGAAUCUCAGCUUGUCUGGCAAUCUUGCGUCAAGAGACCUUUAUGAUCACCUUACGCGGGUGCGGCAGUGCCUUGACGACAACUCUGUUUCUCCUGCACUGGCGCUUGAUAAUUCCGAGAAUAAUCCCGUCAAUGCAUUACCGAUGGAUGAAGGAUUGCUUCCAAUGCCCCCACGACCAAACCGAUGCUCCGGCUAUCCUCAUGUUUCCUCGGGGUUAGAAGACUUGAAUUCUCAACUCUUUGAAACCAACGUACCCUAUCUAACUACAGAAAUGGCUCUUCAUCAGCCCACUAUGCUAAAUUUUCUGACGCAACCUCAUGUGGACUUUGGACUCCUGGAUCCGGUGGAGAUGUUCAACGAUUUCGAUUUAGCCUUUUCAAGUUCUUCCAAUUGA